AUGAUUUAUUCGAGUACAAAUAAUAUAACGGUCUUUCAUUCCACUUCUUCUUCGAAUGGAGAACAAUUAUAUUCGCCUCUUUCAUCAUCGCCAUCAUUGGAUGAUCAUUCCAUCUCUUCGGAGCAACCACAAAACAUCACUCUAUUCACCUUCCUUCUUUAUGAAUUAUUUAAUUAUUAUCGAUAUCUAAUUUUGGAAAAUAAGAUCGGAGUAUUGGUUCAUUUGCAUACGGUGUUCAUCUUGCUGUAUUAUGCAUGCAGAUAUGUGUUAUUGAAAUUUUUGGGAAAUGUUACUCAGAAAGAGAAGGAUGCAUUUUCAAAUGGAUUAAUUCCCUACGUAACCAUUAAUACCUUAUUUGUAUUUUAUAUUUUAAAUCAUUUUAAGAAUAUUAAUUAUUUAAAUGAAAUUAUAAUUUGGAUUGUAUGGCUCUCGGUGACUGGUAUUUUGAAAAGUUUUAAUAUUGUGUGUCGAGUGAGGUCGUCAACCAUGAUGGAAGAUGUCAUUGCUCCAGACAAGGAGAAGCAUCUCAAAGUGAUUACUUUAUUGUCAAUUAUUUUCUUUACAAAUUUGGGAAUGAUUAUAUUCGCAACGAUAUAUAUUAUUGGAUUUUACAAUAAUGACUACUCGUACUAUUUAUUAUUUAUCUAUGAAAAUGUUACACUGUUCUUGGAAAAUACUCGAAUAUUUGCCAAAUAUGGAGGAUUUGUGUGUGAAAUUUUUGGACUCAUUAACAAUGAUACUCAUCGUAAGAAUACUGAAAUGUCAUUUGUUAGCAAGCUUCUCUCGACAAUAUUUCACAAUGAAACUAUUUAUGUUACACGAUUUGUGUUGGAAAUUUUACUGCUCGUCAUUGCAACCAUGCAUUAUAUGCAUGUUUGGUACAACAAUGGACUUCAUUUUGCAGUCAUUGAUUUGUUACUAUUUGCAUUGAUUAACAACUCUUUUAAUGAAUUAGAAUACAAGCCUCUCGUUUGUUGGAAUAUCGAAGAAUUAGUAGAAUGUUGA